CCUGAGCCAAAGGCCCUGCCUCCUGUGGCCUUGGUUAGAGUCAGCGAAGGCCAGCUGCGUCUUCCCCAGCAGAGACAAAGGGGUGCGCAUGGACAUAGAGGUUGGCAGGUUGUCAUGGCGACCAGCAAGGACCCAGAGGAGGAGCAGGUAGUCCCAAGUGAGGAGGAUGAAGCCAACGUGAGGGCGGUGCAGGCCCACUACCUCCGGAGCCCCUCCCCUAGCCAGUGUUCGAUGGUCUCAGAUGCAGAAACUGAAAGCAUUUUCAUGGAACCCAUUCACCUCUCCUCAGCCAUUGCAGCCAAACAGAUCAUCAAUGAAGAACUCAAGCCCCGGGGGGUCAGAGCAGACGCAGAGUGUCCAGGCAUGCUGGAGUCUGCUGAACAGCUGCUGGUGGAGGACCUGUACAACCGCGUCAGGGAGAAGAUGGACGACACCAGCCUCUAUAAUACGCCCUGCGUCCUGGACCUACAGCGGGCUCUGGUUCAGGAUCGCCAAGAGGCUCCCUGGAAUGAGGUGGAUGAGGUCUGGCCCAAUGUCUUCAUAGCUGAGAAGAGUGUGGCUGUGAACAAGGGGAGGCUGAAGAGGCUGGGAAUCACCCACAUUCUGAAUGCUGCGCAUGGCACUGGCGUUUACACUGGCCCCGAAUUCUACACUGGCCUGGAGAUCCAGUACCUGGGUGUGGAGGUGGAUGAUUUUCCUGAGGUGGACAUUUCCCAGCAUUUCCGGAAGGCGGCUGAGUUCCUCGAUGAGGCGCUGCUCACUUACAGAGGGAAAGUCCUGGUCAGCAGCGAAAUGGGCAUCAGCCGGUCAGCAGUUCUAGUGGUCGCCUACCUGAUGAUCUUCCACAAUAUGGCCAUCCUGGAGGCGUUGAUGACUGUGCGUAAGAAGCGGGCCAUCUACCCCAACGACGGCUUCCUGAAGCAGCUGCGGGAGCUCAACGAGAAGCUGAUGGAGGAGAGAGAAGAGGACUACGGCAGGGAGGGGGAAUCAGCUGAGGCUGAGGAGGGCGAGGGCAUGGGGAGCACGCUCGGGGCCAGAGUGCACGCCCUGACGGUGGAGGAGGAGGACGACAGCGCCAGCCACCUGAGUGGCUCCUCCCUGGGGAAGGCCAGCCAGGCCUCCAAGCCCCUCACCCUCAUUGACAACGAGGAGGAGGAGAAACUGUACGAGGAGUGGAAGAAGGGGCAGGGCCUCCCCUCGGGCAAGGUCCCCCAGGGUGGAGGUGGCCGGCGCUCAGCCUCCUCUGGCCAGGGUGGGGAACAGCUCGAGGACGAGGACGAGGACGAGGACGUGGAGAGAAUCAUCCAGGAGUGGCAGAGCCGAAACGAGAGGUACCAAGCAGAAGGGCACCGGAGGUGGGGAAGGGAGGAGGAAGAGGAGGAGGAGAGCGACGCUGGCUCCUCCGUAGGGAGGCGGCGGCGCACCCUGAGCGAGAGCAGCGCCUGGGAGAGCGUGAGUAGCCACGACAUCUGGGUCCUGAAGCAGCAGCUGGAGCUGAACCGGCCAGACCACAGCGGGAGGCGCCGCUCAGACUCGAUGUCCUCGGAUAGCACCUGGGACGCGUGGAACGAGAGGCUGCUGGAGAUUGAGAAGGAGGCUUCCCGGAGGUACCAUGCUAAGAGCAAGAGAGAGGAGGCGGCAGACAGGAGCUCAGAGGCAGGGAGCAGGGUGCGGGAGGAUGACGAGGAGAGCUUGGGCUCUGAGGCCAGCUCCUUCUACAACUUCUGCAGCAGGAACAAGGACAAGCUCACUGCCCUGGAAAGAUGGAAGAUCAAGAGAAUCCAGUUUGGAUUUCACAAGAAAGACUUGGAAGCAGGAGACAGCAGCAGUGAGCCCGGUGCAGAGGAGCCAGUGGGGGAGAAGAAGAACCCCUCCGACAUCAGCCUGACAGCCUACCAGGCCUGGAAGCUGAAACACCAGAAGAAGGUGGGCAGUGAGAACAGGGAGGAGGUGGUGGAGCUCAGCAAGGGGGAGGACUCGGCCUUGGCUAAGAAGAGGCAACGGAGGCUGGAGCUGCUGGAGAGAAGCCGGCAGACGCUGGAGGAGAGCCAGUCUAUGGCAAGCUGGGAGGCGGACAGCUCCACGGCCAGCGGGAGCAUUCCCCUGUCUGCGUUCUGGUCUGCAGCCCCCUCAGUCAGUGCUGAUGGGGACACGGCGUCAGUACUGAGCACCCAGAGCCACCGCUCCCACCUGUCUCAGGCUGCAAGCAACAUAGCAGGGUGUUCAACCUCCAAUCCCAUCACACCCCUGCCUAACCUGCCAGUGGGGCCUGGAGACACCAUUUCCAUUGCCAGUAUCCAGAACUGGAUUGCCAAUGUAGUCAACGAGACCCUUGCUCAGAAGCAAAAUGAAAUGCUGCUGUUGUCCCGCUCCCCGUCUGUUGCAAGCAUGAAGGCAGUACCAGCGGCCAGUUGCCUGGGGGAUGACCAAGUCUCCAUGCUCAGUGGACAGAGCAGCUCCUCCUUGGGUGGCUGCCUGUUGCCUCAGAGCCAGGCAAGACUCAGCUCUGACAUGCAGUCUGUGCUGUCCUGCAACACCACACUGAGCUCGCCCCCUGAAUGUUCCAGGAGCAAAGUGAGGGGGACCAGCAAGCCCAUCUACAGCCUCUUUGCUGACAAUGUGGACCUAAAGGAACUUGGCCGGAAGGAAAAGGAGAUGCAGAUGGAGCUUAGGGAGAAGAUGUCUGAGUACAAAAUGGAAAAGCUGGCCUCAGACAACAAACGCAGCUCCCUCUUCAAGAAGAAGAAGGUCAAGGAAGAUGAGGAUGAUGGUAUGGGUGAUGGGGAUGAGGACACUGACAGCGCCAUAGGGAGCUUCCGGUAUUCUUCCCGCAGUAGUUCCCAGAAACCUGAAACAGACACAUCCUCCUCCCUGGCUGUCUGUGAUCACUACGCAAGUGGCAGCAGAGUUGGCAAAGAGAUGGAUAGCAGUAUUAAUAAGUGGCUCAGUGGCCUCAGGACAGAGGAAAAACCUCCUUUCCAAAGUGACUGGUCUGGAAGUUCCAGGGGGAAGUACACCAGAUCAUCCCUGCUCAGGGAGACAGAGUCUAAAUCCUCCAGUUACAAGUUUUCCAAAUCCCAGUCAGAGGAACAGGACACCUCCUCCUACCACGAGGCAAAUGGCAACUCUAUAAGAAGCACUUCACGGUUCUCGUCUUCCUCCACCAGGGAGGGCAGAGAGAUGCACAAGUUCUCCAGGUCCACGUACAGCGAGACCUCAAGUUCCCGAGAGGAGGGCAGCCCAGAGCCCUACUUCUUUCGCCGGACCCCAGAGCCCUCAGAAAGGGAAGAGUCCCCAGAGUCACAGCAACCAAAUUGGGCCAGGUCCAGAGACUGGGAAGAUGUGGAAGAGUCAUCCAAGUCAGACUUCUCUGAAUUUGGAGCCAAGAGGAAAUUCACCCAGAGCUUUAUGAGGUCUGAAGAAGAGGGAGAGAAAGAGAGGACGGAAAACAGAGAAGAAGGGAGGUUUGCAUCUGGACGGCAGUCCCAGUAUCGAAGAAGCACUGACAGAGAGGAAGAGGAAGAAAUGGACGAUGAAGCCAUCAUUGCUGCUUGGAGACGUCGGCAAGAAGAAACCAGGACCAAGCUGCAGAGAAGGAGGGAGGACUGAGCUGGGGAAAAGCUGAGAACACUGAAAUAAACCACUCACCUUAGUAUAGGGCUCAGGGCACACAUUGCCACCACCCAUCAGGGGAUGAGGAUACAGAGAGGAUCUUCCAGAGGGGCAGAGCCAGAAUGAGAGGUA